UACCUCGCACACUUCUAACUGUUAAUGUACAGUAAAGUCUAUUAGCGUGAUAUGUGAUUGUUUUAUCUCUUGGAAAAUAAAAAGCUUAGUGAAAUAUGGUUUUAUUGUUCGAUAUCUAUAUUGUAGCAUGACAUUGAACUGCAUUCGCACCGGGCAUUUGUGUGAAAUUUUAUUUCCAGCUCCAAAUGAGUACCGAAAGGUAGAGUAAAUUUGUAUUGUGAACUAAGCGUACAACUUCAGAUAUUUCAAUGAUCCGUGAGCUGAGCCCAGAAUUGGCUCAGAUAGCCAAAACAGAGCUAAAUGAAAAUCCAAAUACUACUCCGUCUGACAUUACAUAUUUGAAAGAAUGGAUUUCCAAGCAGCCGCAUUUGAGAGCUAGAACAGAUGAUCAGUGGCUCGUUGCAUUAUUAAGAGGUUGCAAGUUUAGCUUAGAGAAAGUGAAGACCAAGAUAGAUUUAUUUUAUACGCUGCGGUCAACUGCAUCUGACAUCACACUGAAGAUGAAGCCAACGGAGUCAGAGUUCAUAGAUUUUCUUAGGCUUGGGACCAUUUUAAUUUUACCAAAGUCGCAGAAACUCACGCCGAGAACUAUCAUAAUACGAGCCGGAAGAUUCGACAUAGAACACUAUCACGUCGCACAUCUAAUGUGCCUUUUAUAUUACUUGGUACAGAUACUGGUUGUUGAGGAUGACACAGCUUCCAUUGUCGGAACCAAGAUCGUGGUAGACUACGAGGGUGUUACUAUGAAUCAUUUUAAACAGAUAAACCCCACGUUUUUAAGAAAAAUGAUAACACUAGCUCAAGAUUCUCUUCCACUCCGAUUAUCAGGCAGCCAUCAUAUAAAUCUUCCUUCUGGCGUGGAAAUAAUUUUCAAACUCAUCUCAGGUUUCCUAAGUCAGAAAGCAAAGGACAGGUUGCAAAUACAUAAUAGUUAUGAUGAGUUGCAAGAAAAAAUACCUAAAGAUAUCCUACCAGUUGAGUACGGCGGUGAUGGCGAAAGCAUUGCUGAUAUUAUUGGUCACUGGGAGAAGAAGGUGGUUGAGUACAGAUCUUGGAUGGAAUACGAGAUGACUCUGGGAACUGAUGAAUCAAAGAGACCUGGAAAGUCGUGUGGCUCCGAAAUAUCCGAAGAGGGAUCAUUUAGAAAAUUAGACAUUGAUUAAUUAUUUUUAUUGUUUAAAGUUGUAUUUGUUCGUUCUGUUUCUGAAUUAUAGUUUACUAUUUGUAUUCAAUAACAUGUACUUAAUAUUAAUUAUUAACAAUAGUCGAUAAUUCAUUAAAAUAAUAAGAUUUUAUCAUCAUAUAAUAA